CUCCUUCCUUCCUUCCCCACCCUCUCUCUCUCUCUCUAUUUUCUCUCUCAUCAGCAAAUUCCAAUCCUUUUCACUCAUUCUCAAAAAAGCUUCUGCAUUUUUCACAAUCUGCAAAUCCUCCAAUUCUCCAGUCUUCAAGGUCACUCCAAAUUAUUCAAAAACUUGUUUUGGGUACUUUUUCUUACCUGGGUUUUUCUGAGAGUUUCCUAUUAUUUUCUCGGCAUCCAAACAGGUUUUGCAUGCAGAGAGAAGCUUGGUUAAAAGCAUAUGUCUUUGAUCUGAAGGAAAUAGUGCUUCAUUUAAUGUGAUCAAUCUUAGCCCGUGAACCAGUGAUUGAAAUUCUAUGUUUAGCAUUGAAGAUUUCCCUAAAGAUUUCGUGUCAGAGCUCAAGAAUUACUCACAUUCACAGAGAAAGGAAUUGGAGGUAGGGAUAUUCUUGGCUAAAUUGGUUCAUAAGUCUGUCCGGGUAAUUUUAGCAGUAAUGAAUGUAAGCAAAACCCAAGUAAUGAAUGGGUUUUUGUAUCUCGAAUUGUCGAAUUCAGAAGUUGGGUAUUGAACUGUGAAGUGGUUUUAUUUUGGUUGUUUGAUUGGGUUUUGUACAAGUUAUAGUUUGUGAUUGAAAGUGGCAAGAAUGCUGGAGGCAGAGCUCUGUGGUUCUCGGAUUCUAUCGCCUUUUCGCGAAGAAAGCGGGGAUGAGGAACUUUCAGUUCUUCCCAGGCACACAAAGGUUAUUGUCACUGGAAACAAUAGAACAAAGUCUAUUUUGGUGGGUCUUCAAGGCGUGGUCAAGAAAGCUGUUGGGCUUGGGGGUUGGCACUGGCUGGUUCUGAAAAAUGGGGUUGAAGUUAAGCUGCAAAGGAAUGCAUUGAGUGUGCUCGAACAUCCUACAGGAAAUGAGGAAGAUUCCAAUCUUGAGUACUCGAGCAGCAGCUCUGACCACGGUGAUAAGGAAAAUGAUUUCUCUAGAUGUUUUGAGUUCCAUAAGCAUAGCAAACCACGAGUUCGAUUUUCAAGGCCAUAUGUUCCAUCCUCAGCAACGAAGUCAAUGAAUCGUGGCAGUUAUAGAGAAGUUCAAUACAUCCAAGCACCCCAGUCGAGAGUAAACUUGGGAAAACUAGGAACAAGCUCAUUGAGGAGGUAUUGCAGACACUUCAAUCUUUUAAGCGGGAAUUCUAAUCCAACAAGGGAACAGUUGAUCAAUGCUGCACAACGACAUUUUACCUUGCAGCAGAUGCCGUUGGAUGAGGUAUCUGUGGUCACUGAAUUCGUCGAUGCUGCCAGGAGUAGGAAGUGGAAACAAGCAGAGCGACAAAUGUGAAUGUUAAAAAAAGGAAGUAUGUUUGUAUAAUAAUAUACAUAUGUAUCUACUACCCUAACCGUUAGAUCAGAUCUAAUCAUAGACUGAUGUGGAGAGUUCGGGUUUAGUAUCGUCUCCCUCGAAUCCUAACAUUGUAGUACAGGGCUCAUACCUGAGUUGUUCUAUAUCAGUAUUAGAUAUUAAUCUCAUCAUUAUAUCUGCCA